GCCACGCGAGAUUUCUCAGCGAGAUCUUGCUGUUUUCAACAUGGCAGGCAGCAAGUUGGUGCUAGAAGGGAGGAUAAGUAUUAUUAGCUUUAUCUCAGGUCUGGGCGUCAUUAUAAUACCUUUACUUGUAAAAUUCGGCUCUCACAUUGACUGGAUAUUCGAUUACCUCACGGAUGUGAACGGGAAAAUAGCCAUUGCGGCGUAUAUCACAGUUGUCAAUGGCUUCCUGCUAAUCAUAUACAAGGGACCUUUAUACAAGGUGGCUGUUCGAGCCUGCUUUCUUGGAUUUGCCUUUGGAUGUGGUCUCAUUUUAAGUUUGGCAGAUACAGCAUGGACACACUUUGGCUGGUAUAUGUGCUCACUGUCAUUUUUUCACUACUCUGAGUACCUGGUUACUGCCAUCAUCAACCCACGCAGUCUGUCUCUAGACUCUUUCCUGCUCAACCAUAGUGUUGAGUACACCGUAGCAGCUGUUUCCUCCUGGAUAGAGUUCACUGUGGAAAAGCUCUUUAUUCCAGAGAUAAAGCAGAUGAACUGGCUCUGUUUGGUGGGUCUGGUGAUGGUUCUCUGUGGGGACAGUCUGCGCAAAGCUGCCAUGUUGACGGCAGGGUCCAACUUUAACCAUAUAGUGCAGAAUGAGAAGGCUCAGAGCCACGUGCUGGUCACCACUGGAGUUUACGCUCUCUUCAGACAUCCUUCCUAUGUGGGCUGGUUUUACUGGAGCAUUGGCACUCAGAUAAUGCUGUGCAACCCGAUAUGUAUACUGGGAUAUACGAUCGCGAGCUGGCGGUUCUUUCGAGAGCGUAUUGAGGAAGAGGAGAUCUCUCUCAUCCAUUUCUUUGGAGAGGAAUACAUCGAGUACAAGAAGAAGGUUUUCACUGGCUUGCCCUUCAUCUCAGGAAUCAGGGUUAACUCUUAAGGCCGUGCUACAUUGAAGGGAGGAAAUAGCCUGAAAGUGCACACCUGGACACCUCUGACUGGCACUAUGAGUGAGCUAGUUGCCUGGUGGCAUCAUGGCGCGGCCCCUGGGGGCGGCACAGAUAUAUGAGGUGGCAGCACAGUAAAACUGACCCACUGAUCUGCUCUGAGACACAUUGGUCUGCCCUGAGCAGGGUGGAGCUUCCACCCUCAACACCAUCAGAGAUACUAAUACACAAACACCACAUUCCUCAGCAUCUGUCUUUUCUCCUACACUUCAUCAUAUUUCUGUUCUAACUCCUCCUUGUUUACAUACCAGUCAUAUGUCAUGUAUCCUCCUAUUUGCACCAUGUAAUGUCAUACGCUGCUUUAAAUCCCCUGGUUUUGUGCUUAGAAACCUUAGGAGAUUCAGGACAUUGGUUUGUUACUGAUUUAUGAACGUCCAGAGAUUUCUUUAGAUUUUUAAAUACCUUGAGGUAAAGAGUUUUAUUCAGAUAAGCUUUAAAUUGAAACUGAUAUAUUUACUGCAGUGGCCAUUUAGACGUUGUCCAUUUUGUUUGUAAAGUGUCUCAGAAAAUGGCCUUUUUUAAGAUCUACCAGGCCUACUGAUUUCCGACAAUCUCUAAAUAUCUGUGAUUUGUCAAUGCUGUUGGACAAUUUUAAUAUUAUGAUUAGAAAAAUAAACAUAUCUGAUAAAUUAUGA